UCGCUGUCUGAUGACGUUUCCGAUUCCGGUUUUACCAUGGCAGCGGCUACCUCUGCUAACUGAAAGACAAAAUGUCGUUUUUAUAGCAGUUUCAGCGGCUACAAAUCCAGUGAAACAACACAUCUCUCACAAUGACGAACAGGACGUCGUAUUUCUAUGACCCUGACGUAGGGAACUUCCAUUACGGUGCUGGUCAUCCUAUGAAGCCUCACCGAUUGUCCCUGACUCACAGCUUGGUACUGCACUAUGGACUCUAUAAGAAAAUGAUGGUGUUUAAACCAUACAAAGCAUCACAGCACGACAUGUGUCGCUUCCAUUCUGAAGACUACAUUGACUUCCUGCAGAAGGUCAGCCCCAACAACAUGCAGGGCUUCACCAAGAGCCUCAAUACUUUCAAUGUAGGAGAUGACUGUCCGGUCUUUCCAGGUCUUUUUGAGUUCUGCUCCAGAUAUACGGGAGCCUCGUUACAGGGCGCCACACAACUCAAUCACAAGAUUUGUGACAUUGCCAUCAACUGGGCUGGAGGAUUACACCACGCCAAAAAGUUUGAGGCGUCGGGAUUUUGUUACGUCAACGACAUAGUCAUCAGUAUACUGGAGCUUCUCAAAUACCACCCCAGGGUUCUGUACAUCGACAUAGACAUUCACCACGGCGACGGCGUGCAAGAAGCCUUCUACCUUACCGACCGUGUCAUGACCGUGUCCUUCCACAAAUAUGGCAAUUACUUUUUCCCUGGCACAGGUGACAUGUAUGAGGUCGGAGCGGAGAGCGGCCGCUACUACUGCCUCAAUGUCCCUCUCAGGGACGGCAUUGAUGACCAGAGUUACAGGCAGCUAUUCCAGCCAGUUAUUAAGCAGGUGGUGGAUUUCUAUCAGCCUACUUGCAUUGUUCUACAGUGUGGAGCAGACUCUCUGGGCUGUGACAGGUUGGGCUGCUUCAACCUCAGCAUACGAGGACACGGCGAGUGCGUCGAGUUUGUCAAGAGCUUCAAAAUUCCUCUGUUGGUCCUGGGAGGAGGCGGAUACACAGUCCGGAAUGUGGCUCGAUGCUGGACCUUUGAGACGUCUCUGUUAUUGGAUGAGUCUAUCAGCGACGAGCUGCCUUACAGUGAGUAUUUUGAGUACUUUGCUCCAGACUUCACGCUGCAUCCUGAUGUCAGCACCAGAAUAGAAAACCAGAACUCGCGACAGUAUUUGGAGCAGAUCCGUCAGACGGUGUUUGAAAACUUGAAGAUGCUGAACCACGCACCCAGUGUUCAGAUCCACGACGUGCCCUCGGACAUGCUGAGCUACGAACGCACUGAUGAACCAGAUCCGGAUGAGAGAGGCGGCGAAGAAAACUACACAAGGCCGGAAGCAACCAACGAGUUCUACGACGGUGAUCAUGACAACGAUAAAGAAAGCGAUGUGGAAAUUUGACCUGCUAGAAGGACUUGAACAAUUUCGAACGAGCUGUUGGCUUCCUGCCCUUUUCUUUUUAUUAGGUCACUGACAAUUAUGAUGGACACACAGAGCAUCUGGACAUUUCAAAACAAUAUUCCUGGUCGAAAUGUUAUGUGUGCGUUUGUUUACAAGAAGUCAUCUGCAGUUUGCUCAUAGUAUUUUAUUAAAUGUUGGUACAAUAUUAGUGAUAGUCACCUACCUGACAUGCUUCUUUUUUUUUUUUUAUUUCCACAACCUUCACAAUGAGCAGUUGCCGAUGAAAAUGUUAGUUCAUCUGACGGUUCAUGCACAAGAUGCUGUUCAAAGCACGUUUUAGUAUGUGAACUGCAUUUGUAAUCCAAACCCAUUCGACUGUCAAUAGCCUUUGAAAGAAACAUUUUGCAUUUGCCUUUCGGUUCAAAUUGGUUGUACAUAAAUUUCCAUUUCUUUCUGGAUUAUUCACUGUUGUACAAGUGAACAUGUAUGUUUGUCAUUGUAUAAUAUACUAUUAUAGUAUACUGUAUAUCAGGGGUGUCGAACUCCAGUCCUUUUCACGCAGAUGCACUUCAUGAGGGUGUUCCAAUAUGUUUUCCAAGUUACCCUCGUUAUGCACACCUGCGUGAAAAGUUGAGUUCAAUUUCACGUUCUGCAGGAGCCUAACUUUUCCCACAGGUGCACUUAAUGAGGGAACGGGGGCCGCGUUCCAAUGUUUUCCAAGUUACCCUCGUUAACCACACCUGCGUGAAAAGUUGAGUUCAUUUUCACGUUCUGCCGGAGCCUAACUUUUGACACAGGUGCACUUAACGGGGGAAUCUUGGAAAACAUGUUGGAAUGCGGCCCCGAGGACUGCAGUUUGACACCUGUGCUGUAUAUGGAAGGACUGCAGAUUUACAGCAGUUUAAAUAAAUCAGUGAUCCGAUGUUUGUAUACUGUGUAAUUUGGUUGGCUAAUGUAAUCUAAUGUUUUUAGUCAGGUUCUUGUGCUUUUGAUAUUUUUGCAACAUUUUUUAAAAUAAACGGAACAUGAUCAA